AUGCACCCCCUCCCCCAGCAACAGCGGGCGUGGUGCCUGUUGUUCAAAAAUGUCAGCGAAGAAUUGAGGAAGAUCGUUCCGGUGAGAAAGAUAACGGGAGACAGGGGAGAAGACGUGGACAUUGGAAAACUAAAAAAACGCUCUGGACGUCGGCGGCCCAAGCCCGCGCGCGCAAUCUCAGGGUCAAGGUUAUCUGCGCCCCCGCGGGUGGGGGACGUCCGGGAGGAGCGGGCGGUGACAGGUCUCGGUUCCUACGCGAUCCCACCUACCAGCCGGAGGCCACUAGUGGCGCUGCUAACCCAACUCCCACCGCCCGAGGUCCCAAGGCACGGUGGAGCUGCUGUCUUCAGCCCCCGGGCUCUGCCCGCUGGAGGGGGAGCGGUGGGGAGGGGCGCCUGCCUGGUGGGUUCUGUCACCACCCCACCACCACCACCACCCCGCACCCCUGAUUUCAGGGGCCGGGUCCACUCCUCCGCGGAGCCCGGCGUCUCCUCCCAGACUCCCGCCCGCGCCGCUAAGUUUGCUGGCCCCGGGCCGCGCGUCCAAGCCGGGGGCCGGGCCGAGCGGCACCCGGGCCGGUCCCCGCGCACAGCCCGGCCCCCCGGCCCCGGCCCGGCCCCCGAUCCCGGCCCGAUCAUGCUGUGCUUGCGGCGGGAGGACGCGGAGCCUCCCCUCGCUCCCAUCCGCACCCUCGGAAGGCGGCCCCCCGGAGGCCCCGGGCUGCGCGCUGCUCAAGAAGCUGGCCUGUCGCCCCCACGCCCCCCGUCCCAGCUCAGGCUCCAGGCACUGCAGCACUGGGUGUUUGUCACCCAGCACCUGCAGGACAAAGUGUGGCAACCUCCUCCUCCGGGCAUCUUGACCUGCCUAGCCAGUGAUGCUGCACCCCGAGGCCUGACCGAGGAUGAAGACGUGCGCGCCAUGCUGCGAGGUUCCCGGUUCCUGAAGAUCCGCUCGCUGAAGUGGCAGCAGGAGCGGCUGUACCGGCUACAGGACGACUGCAUGAGUGUGUGGUUCCAGCGGUGCAUCCCUCGCGCGCGUACGAAGCACAUCUUCUUGGUGCAGCACAUCGAGGCGGUCCGCGAGGGUCACCAGUCCGAGGGCCUGCAGAGCUUCGGGAGAGCCUUCGACCCCGCGCGCUGCUUCACCAUCGCCUUUCGCGGCAAACGCAAGAACCUGGACCUGGUGGCAUCCACGGCCGAGGAGGCGAAGCACUGGGUGCGAGGUUUGGACAGGCUUCGCGCGCGCCUUGAUGCCAUGAACCAGCGCGAGUUUACCCACACCUGGAUCAACUCCUACCUGCACCGCGCGGAUUCCGACCGGGACAGCAAAAUGAGCUUCAAGGAGAUCAAGAGCCUGCUGCAGAUGGUCAACUUGGACAUGGACGACACGUACGCCUACCGCCUUUUCAAGGACUGUGACCGCUCCAACGACGAGCGUCUGGAAGGCGCUGAGAUCCAGGAGUUCCUGCGGCGGCUGCUGAAGCGACCCGAGCUGGAGGCCAUUUUCCACCGCUACUCUGGAGAGGACCGAGUGCUCAGCACCUCCGAGCUGCAGGAGUUUCUGGAGGACCAAGGAGAAGAAAGCCCAACACUGCACUACGCUGAGCGCCUCAUUCAGACCUAUGAACUCAAUGAAACAGCCAAGCAGAAUGAGCUGAUGACCCUGGAUGGCUUCAUGAUGUACCUGCUGUCUCCUGAGGGGGCUGUCCUGGACUCUGCUCAUAGACAGGUGUUCCAGGACAUGAAGCAACCCCUGGCCCAGUAUUUCAUUUCCACCUCCCAUAAUACCUACCUGACCGACAAUCAGGUCGAGGGAGCCAGCAGCACCGAGGCCUACAUUAGGGCCUUUGCCCAGGGGUGCCGCUGUGUGGAGCUGGACUGCUGGGAGGGGCCGGGAGGGGAACCCAUCAUCUACCACGGCUACACGCUCACCUCCAAGAUCCUCUUCCGGGACGUGGUCCAGGCCGUGCGCGACCACGCCUUCAAGCGAUCCCCCUACCCUGUCAUCCUGUCCCUGGAGAACCACUGUGGGGUGGAGCAACAGGCCACUAUGGCCCACCAUCUCCGCACCAUCUUGGGGGACAUGCUGGUGUCCCAGCCGCUGGACUCUAAGAACCCGGAGGAGCUGCCAUCCCCGGAGGAGCUGAAGGGCCGGGUGCUGGUGAAGGGGAAGAAGCUGCCGAAGGGCGAGGAUGACCGAAUUUUAUCAGACCGGGGAGAUGAGGAGGAGGAUGUGGAGGAGGAGGAGUUACAGGAGACAGAGAAGCAGCAGGUGAGUGACAAGCAUAUCUCCCCGGAGCUGUCAGCCCUGGUCGUGUACUGCUGUGCCAACCGCCUGAAAACCCUGAACCCAGCCCCAGCUCCUGCCCAGCCCUGCCAGGUCAGCUCCACCAAGGAGAGCCAGGCCAGGAAGUUCACCCGAGAGUCAGGAAACAGUUUUGUCAGACACAAUGCCCGCCAGCUAACUCGAGUGUACCCCCUGGGAACACGCUUGAACUCGGCCAACUAUAACCCCCAGGAGAUGUGGAACUCGGGCUGUCAGCUGGUGGCCCUGAACUUCCAGACUCCGGGGUAUGAGAUGGACCUCAAUGCUGGCCGCUUCCUGAUCAACGGGCAGUGCGGCUACGUCCUAAAACCCGCUCGCCUCCGGCAGCAUUACUCCACAUUUGACCCCGAGAACCCGGGGCCCCCCAGAACGACGCUCAUCAUAAAGGUGCUGACGGCCCAGCAGCUGCCCAAGGUGAAAGAGAAACCCAGUUCCAUCGUAGACCCGCUGGUGCGCGUUGAGAUCCACGGAGUGCCCGCGGACUGCGAUGAACAGGAGACGGACUUCGUGCUCAACAACGGCUUCAAUCCGCGCUGGGAACAGACGCUGCGGUUCGUGCUGCGGGCGCCCGAGCUGGCGCUGGUGCGCUUCGUGGUGGAGGAUUACGACCGGACCAGCCCCAACGAUUUUGUGGGCCAGUUCACGCUGCCGUUCUCUAGCCUGAAGCGAGGCUACCGUCACAUCCACCUGCUGUCCAAGGAAGGGACGUCGCAGAGCCCGGCCACACUCUUCGUCCACAUCAGCAUCCAGCAGCGCUCGUGAUGGCCCGCUGCCUCCGGCGGAGCUGGGGGUGCCGAGAUCCCAGCCUCUGGGGCAGGGUCAGCCCCACUCUGCCAGCAUGCCAGGCCCCUAUGGGCCUCUCCAUAUGGGAGAGCAGUCAGCAAGUGCAGGCUUGUGGCUGGGCGGACGAAGCCCCCGUAGCCCCCAGCUCCUGCUCCCAGCCUCUCCCAGUUAUUCUUUGUCCAGGCAUGAACAAUCCCCAAAUGUCCUCCCCAAGAGCCCCUUCUCCCCAAGUACCUCUGGACGCACUCCUCAGCCCUGGAGAUACCCAGCAGCAGGUCUGCGAGCAUGAGAGCAAGAGUGGUUUGGUCCUGGCCCCACUCAGGCACGUGAGGAUCGUUGGCAGUGCCAGGGUGCUGCCCUCUCGCCCCC